CCAGAGGGGCCCAUGGCGGAGACCAAGGCGUACCGCUACGGGCUCAUCGUGCUGGGGCUGCUGCUGGUGGCCCUGGGCCUGUUUGUCAUGAGCGUGGAGGAGCCCCAUGUCUAUGCCACCUUCUGUGGGAUGGGAGUGCUUGCCACCGCCAUCGGCACCGCCUGGAGCAUGUGCCAGUGCUACCCGAAGAUGACCAUCAUCAUUCCAACACAGGAGGUGGUCUGUGUGAGUGACAUGGAGGGCUCAUAUGUUGCUCCCAUCAUCAGCUGCUGUGAAACCUCCACAGGUCCUCUGAGAGCUCCUCUGGCAAGCAUUAGUGAUGAAGAGGAGGAAGAGGAGGAAGAGGAUGGAUCUGUAAUGGGAGACUCGAGUCUGGCAGCGGUGGCACAGACCAAAGCCAUCGUGCACUUUGCUGCUGCUGCUGCUGCUCCUCAACCUUGCUUCAGUACCCCUCUCGCCCACAGGAAGUCUGUCCCACAGGGGCUGCAGCCUGACACCGCAGAAAUGCAUUAUGGGGUGGUGGAGGACUCCUGCUACUUCUCCUCUGACUUGGACAGCGACUGACUGGAGCCUGCUGAGAGAAGCUGCUACCUUGAAGAGCAAGAUAUCCUCCACCCUCCUGCACUUCACAAUCUGGUGCGUCACGGGAAAGGACUAGCGAGUGCAGAUAAGAUAAGAAAGAAAGUCUUGGCACUUGGUCUUGGAAUUCUUGGAAAGUCUUGGCACAAUAAAACAGAAAACUACCCAUCUGAAGAUGUUCCAGUGACUUACUUUCUUUCUUAUCUGCAGAAUCUGAAACCUGUUGGCUCUUACUAACAUCAACCUGUAAUGAUAUAAAAACAGUAAAAUAAUGCAGCAUAACCAUUAACACCAUAGAGUUGAUUUAACUACUACUAGAGAGUAUUUAGUCCCUGGGUACUCUCUAAGUCUUGAUUUAACACUGCAUUAAAAAAACACCCGUUACUACAGGA